AAUGAUAUAAUGUCUGAACCUUUAGUUAAGUCAACACAUGCUCUUUCUAAGGAGGAGUUGGAGAAGCAUAUUGCGCGUGUAACGAUGCCGCGAAAGCCUGUUGAGUUGUCCGAUCCCUUUCCUCUCUGCCCGACAAAAAAAUUACCUCAGUCAAAAAUCGAAGAUAUGGUUCAUCAUUUGUAUACGCAAUCCAUGGAGCUUCGUGCAGCGAAUAUCGCCGAGUUAGAGGCUCACAUUUAUAAGUCCGAAGGUGUUGAUCACACUCCUUUAGACCAAGAUGAAAUCGAGCUUUCUGUUCGUCGCCUAUAUAAUGAUGCAGUUUUACAGAAAAAGGAAAAUCUUAAUAGGUCUAGAAACCAAUAUUUGUUCCGCUACCCCAAAACAGAAAAAAAGAUUCUAUUAAAAGAUAUUGUGCAACACAUGUAUUCAGAUCGCAUCGCAGCUAAGGAAAAAACGGCCCAAAAGUUGUAUGAUAAAUACAUUCGCUCUACUGAAAUCGAUGCGUUUCAUGCGAGCUCUGUUGCGCAUAAGUAAGCUGGAUUACGAAUAUUCAAGAAAAAAUUAUGCACAGGGUGGUUUAGAUUAGUAUAAGGAUUGUAAAGUAUCUGUGUUCCAUGUCAAGAAUCGUAAAAAGAAGCUUGUUUGUGCAUAUAAAAAUAUUUUAUUUUUUCCACAUUCUUUUAAGUGGACAAGAUAAUGAAGGAUGUCGAUAUGAGUUGUUUUGAUUUUCUGCUUAGUAACACCUGAAUUUCAACCAAGCUAUGUUCAUUUCUAAAUAUUUUCUGAAUGUUAUUUACUGUGAAGGGAAAAA